AUGGUGGUCCAGAUCCACCCACGUCAGUCCACAGAGGACAGACUCGCAGGCUCCUCCAGUGACAGCCAGUCACCAGCAGGUGGUGACAUGCCCAAGUGGAACCCAAUCUGUAAUUGUUACCUAUUGUAUUUCCCACCUGUUUCAGUGAAUGGAGGAUGUAUCUCAUUCUGUUCAGAGAAGGAGUGCGUUCCUGAAUUGACAGCAGAAGAAGGAACCUCACUGCGCUGUGGGCAGAACCUGCCAGUUCAGUCUGGAGCCCAGUACCACCACAGAAACCACUGUGAGCAGCCCGGACAGAACCUUCACCUGCAGGAGAGCCCUCACCGAGACGCCAGGUCUGCUGGCUUUCAGACGGAGCUUAGCUCGUUGUCUCUGUCCGGUGGCGUCAAUGGGUGUCAUGCUUUGCCAUCGUACCCCAUCAAACAGGAGGGCUACAAGCUGGGAUCGGCCCUCAGCGACUUUUCAGGAGGGAUGGGAGCAGGUCGCAGGGAAUUGGACCGUUCGAACAGCGGUGGUGGCGGCGAUGACAGUAACUUAGCAACUGUUCUGUCGUUGUCGGCAAUGGCGGUGACUGUGUAUCCAUUUAAUAAUGAAGAUGGCUCCUCCCCACUAGCUUUGUCCCCGAGCUCGCGUCACUCAGCAAGGCCGAAUGCGAGCGGACUGAAGAGACGCUGCCUCUUGGUGGCCUCCCAGUCAGCCUCAGAGGGAAUCGAUAUUGCCACCAACAUCUGCUCCUCCCAGAUGUCCUGCGUUAACGGCCUGCGCACCAAUUCGUCGUCGCCUGCCGCCACCGCAUUCUCCCACAAGCCUCUCCCCGCACCCAGCCCUCAGCUGCCGUCACCUUCCACCUCGUCCUGCCUCCUACCCCUGUCCUCCUCGUCAUCAUCCUCCUCAGUGUCAUCAGUGGAGCAUUGUGAGGACGUAGCCUCCAUGCAGCCGGGGCCCGGCGUGGUUAACGGCAACGGGCUUGGACUUCUCAUACAGCCCGGUGCUCUGCUGGACAGCUGUACGCUGAAACAGGAACCGGUGGAUGAUUUCUCUCCAAGUGAGGAGGAGCUCUUUCAGCAUCAUUAUCACCAUCUGACGAGCCGUGGAAGCCACUGCGUUGGGCAUUCCCACCAUCACCACCACCACCACCAAACAGGCCCCCCACGGCCGCCCAUGCCCCCUCCCUACCACCUGCACCAGUACAUGGGCUCCGGCCCAGGAGCUCUACUGCAUCUUCAGAGCCAGCAGCAGUCUCCACCCUCAGGCCUGCUGGCACAACCCAAACCCACAGGCCUGGUCGAACAGCAGGUGAGCGACAGGGAGGACGUAUUUAGCGAUAAGCAGGUAUGCCGCUGGAUUGACUGCAGCGCGGCGUACGAGCAGCAGGAGGAACUGGUUAGGCAUAUCGAGAAGGUCCACAUCGACCAGCGAAAGGGUGAGGACUUCACCUGCUUUUGGGCCGGAUGUGUCCGUCGCUACAAACCCUUCAACGCCCGCUACAAGUUGCUCAUCCACAUGAGGGUUCACUCUGGAGAGAAACCUAACAAAUGCAUGUUUGAAGGAUGUAACAAAGCUUUUUCGCGGCUGGAGAAUCUGAAGAUUCACCUGCGGAGUCACACAGGAGAGAAGCCGUACCUGUGCCAGCACCCGGGCUGUCAGAAAGCAUUCAGCAACUCCAGCGACAGGGCAAAGCACCAGCGCACACACCUGGACACUAAACCAUAUGCGUGUCAGAUCCCAGGCUGCACUAAACGCUACACAGACCCCAGUUCCCUCCGCAAGCAUGUGAAGAUCCACUCUGCCAAAGAGCAGCAGGUGCGUAGGAAGCUAAGGGCCUGCCCCCAUUUAGAAUCAGAUGCUUUGAGUGAAUGUCUGUCAAUCCAGCAUCUGCAUGGCCCCGCCCCUUCCCAGCAAUCCCACUGCCCUGCCACCUCUCAGCACUCUUUGAAUGGGAAAGAAGGCCGUUCCCCAGCACUCGGGCAGGAAAUAUACACAGGCCUGUACGCCGGCUCCAGCACGACACACAAUGGAGCCCCACUUGAGUUGCUCUCUUCUGGACCUGACCUGCCCCCCAGGCAGCCCCGCCUGGACCGCGACAUUGGCAGCCCCCACCAUCUCUCCCCGCUGUCUGGCCUCGAGAACACCCGGGAAGGGUUAUCUGGAGCUUUGCUGUCUCCAGGGAUCAGUCUGCUGAAGGCCGCUACAUCUCCUCCACCAACACUAGAGAAGCAACAGAACUCCUCUACCAACCAGCAACACCUCCACACUCAUCAUAAACCCUACUCCACCUUCCACAACCUGCCUACAAGUGACGAUUACCGUGGUAACUUCCAGAGCUGUUUCCAUUUUGGUGACAGCUACCGAAUGGACCAGUCCAUCAGCGGCGGUCAUCAACCUGCAGAGUCUCACAGCUUCAACACAAACCCACACAACGGCUUCCACAUGAGCUGUUCCACCAACACCUCUUCCACAGGUUUCAGCUUGGUGCCCGACAUCAUAGGGUCAGGUUGCCAGUUCUCGCCGGGCACAGAGGAAAGUGUUUUCUUUCAGGUGGGCGGCUUCGAUCGCGGCUUGAGCCAAAUGUCUUCAGUGUACACCGAGACGUAGAAUUAGGUCAUCCUGUCGGCCAUCAACACAAAUGUAUUUUUUAUUAUUUUCUUCCAUCAACGCAGUUUCAACCUGUCAGAGAUUCCGUUUUUCUCAGAAUUCAGCUUUUCUUUUUUUUUAUUCCUUAAAAUGCAUUGUUGAAUCACCUCAUUGGACUGAAAUAUUAUCUGCUUCCUUGACGACCCAAAAAGCUGCUAUUCCCCUGCAAUGAAGGUUAAAUAAUGAGGGCUCUGUGUUGUUGAGUGUGUUUAUUUGUGGGAUGUUAUGAAAUUGCCUUUUUUUUCCCAGUGUUUUGAAAGAUAUGUUCAAAGUCUCAUGAGACACUCCCUUGUCGUCAUCACGGCAUCACUAGUCUUAAUAAAUCCAGCUGGUCAGCUCUGAUCCAAUUGUGACUUUGGAACAGUUUGAUAGAAACUUCAGAGCCACCACAGCUCGUCAUCAGUGAUGAGUUCCACAUUUCCCUGUCAGAGCUCUUUUUCUGAUUUGUUGGCUGUUGUGUUGGAAACAAUUAUUUAGUGUUGCUGUGUUUUGUCAGUGAAUGUUUGCAAAUGUUUGUAUUGCUUUGUCAUUUGGUUGUCAUCAUCCCAGAAAAAAAGAGUUCUUUAUUUUGUGAUGGUUGAUGGCUUUUAAUAUCUACCACACUUUCAACGUAUGUAUAAAAUGUACAGUUUGUUUAAUAUUAAUGAUGUCAAUCUCUCAAUCUCUGAAAAUAAAUGACUCUUGAAUAUUGCA